UCAGUACCGAUUUAAACAACGGGCCUGACCUAACGUAAGGAAAUACGGAGCGGUUUCUCUCAACAUGACAUCUCGCGUGGGUCCUAGAGCUGCUGCUACCAAUGGAAAUGACUCUAAACACAGAGAAAGGGUGGCCCCGCACUACCAAAUGAGUGCCUCCCUGAAGUCAGAGGUGCGGAAGUUAAAUUUGGUCCACCUUCUGAUCUGGCUGCUGGUUGCUGCGCAGGUGACUGUCAGCCACUUCAACCUGGUGUCACAUGACACCGUGUCCAUGCCAUACCAGUGGGAGUACCCCUACCUGCUCAGCCUCCUCCCUCUGAUCUGCAGCAGCCUGUCACUUCCAAAGAACAAUAUCAGUUACCUGGUCAUAUCCAUGAUCAGUGCAGGGCUGUUCACCGUGGCACCUCUUAUUUAUGGUGGAAUGGAGAUGUUUCCCGUAGCACAGCAGCUCUACCGCCAUGGAAAGGCCUACCGCUUCAUUUUUGGCUUCUCUGCAGUUACUGUGAUGUACCUCAUCAUGGUGAUUGCUGUUCAAGUGCACGCCUGGCAGUUAUACUACAUGAAAAAGCUGUUAGACUCAUGGUUCAACGCCACUGAGGAGAAGAAGAAGAAAUAAUGGAGUAAGGAAAGGUGUGACUGGGCAAAACUGUGUUUUUAUCUUAAAUUACACUCAUUCAUGUCCACUUAUUCAGUCAUCAAUAUCAUAUAACAUACCUUAGAAACCAGCGCUCUUACAUAGAUGUAAGAUAGCGCAAGAUGUACAAUUUAUGCUGAAGCAUUUUUUUUUUCGUUUUUUUUGGUUUUCACCAUUAUUGAUAAUUGUAAAUGGCAUUCAGUCACUCUGCACCCUCUUCAUCACUGAGUGUGGACUGCUGCUUUGCCCCAAACAGAGAAGGAGGUCAUCUAGAAGCAGGGCAUUGUUGUCAUCCCUAUAAAAAUGUUGCCAUGCUUUGAACAGAAUAGAUGUUGAGGUUUUCAUACUCAUUCAGCAGAGUGAAUGCAUGUUCCAACAUAUACAGUCCUGUGCAAAGAUCUAUAGACGUUAAGAUUCUUAUCCAUCAUGCAAUACCAUUCAGGAGGCAUCUACAAGAUGUCUUGCAACAGAUGGUCUGGCCCUCACAGGAGGCCUGAAUUCAGCAGUGAGUCAUUGAGUCUGGGAUCACAUGAAUAUGACAGAAGACACUGAGAGUGAAGAACUGUGGCAAGUUCUCCAAGGCACCUCAAACAACGUACCUGCCAAGUACCAUGAAAAACUGUAUUGUAUUUAGCACAGUUGAACAGUUCUGUGCAACUUGCCUAAAAAAAUGCCAAUAUAUAUGUUAAAGAAAGUGGUUUGCUUUUGCUGCAGAUAUGCUGAUGUUUUCCUCUUCAUUAAGUCUACCUCUUGCAAUAUCUUUAUCCUUUUUUUCCCCAGAUUUUAAACCAUUAAUAGAGAAAGGUGGUAAUAACAGCAGCUGCCAGUACUACUGUUCUAUUUUCAGGUAUUGUCAUUCAACAACAAAAAGUCAGCGUAUUGAGCUUGUGCACAUGAAUAAAAUAUGCAUUGGAAACCAAAUAAAAAUACAUGAAUGCUCCUCAA